GAAAGAGCCCUUCAACAAUACUCCUAAACAACAGAGGGACACAGACUUGGGAAGGAAGAGACUGUAGCUGAAAUAUGGCUCAGAGUGACUUCCUCUACCCAGAAAACCCAAGGAGGCGGCAGGAAGUGAACCGCCUUCACCAGCAGCUUCUAGACUGCUUGUCUGACAGCUUCCAGGUCACCAACAAGCUGACCGGGGUUCUGAACACCCACUUGGGCUGUACGCUGGCCUUCAUUGAGAUGAAAAGAGAUGGAACUAUUAAAGAAAACUGUGACAUCAUCAUUCAAGCUGUGAUACAGAUCCAAAAGGAACUGCAGAAGGUUGAUGAGGCACUGAAAGAGAAACUGGAGCCAACCCUUUACAGAAAACUUCAGGACAUCAAGGAACGGGAGACAGAGAAGAUCGCAAUCGUGCAAAAGGUCAUUUCUGUCAUCCUGGGAGAAGCUACAACUGCAGCCAGUGCAGUGGCUGUUAAACUCGUGGGCUCCAAUGUCACCACUGGCAUAAUUAACAAGCUGGUCACCGUGCUAGCUCACAUCGGGACUUCCCUCCUUGGUAGCAUCGGCGUUGCCGUGCUUGGUCUUGGCAUAGAUAUGAUCAUUCGUGCCAUCUUGGGAGCAGUGGAGAGGACGCAGCUUCAAGCAGCCAUCAAAAGCUACGAGAAGCAUCUGGUGGAGUUCAAGGCAGCUUCGGAAAGGUACCAUCACGCCAUCACUGAGGUCACCAGUGCCGUGAAACGCCAGAUAAGAUGAAGUCAUGGAUCCACCACUGGGAUAGUUCUGUGCUUCCCUCUGCAUCUCAAGGCUUAUUUCUUUAACUAGUUUCAUUUUCCAUAUGCCUCCGAUGUGGACAGCGAUAGAGUAAAAAAUUGGGAAUGCUUGGGUUCUAUGACAACAGCGAGUGCCCACAUUGGUUGUACUAGACCCUGAAGGGCUGAGUCUCUAUCUGGGAGUUUUCUCCCCUGCUGUCAGAACCUUGUGUUAUAAAUGCAUCACAGAGCAGCAGGUAUAGACUACUGUUUCCUUGUUCCCACUCAAUGUCCUCAAACAUCCCAUAUAAAUGCAGAGGAAUUCCUAUCGCCUGUUCCAAACAUCCCUUAGGUCUAAUGAGACAUACUCAUCUGGCUAGAUACACACUUACAGCCUUCAAGUUAACUAGAAAUACUUCCACAUUUUUACCCCUAGAUUAAAUCCAACUGUCUGUAACCUGGAAACGACUGCAACCAACAACAUUUUCCCCAAGAAUGAAAGGAGGCAAUGGAUCUGUAAGCUUCUACUAAUUACAAAGUGUGACUGGAUAGAUUUGGAAAAAGAUAAAAUAAUAAAACUUGUUUCUAUAAUGCAACUAAUAUUGACCAACUGUUCCUAUCACUUAGGCCGUGGGACACUCUAGAACAUUUUCAAAAGCAAACAAGAAAUAAAGCCCAGCUAUCCACGCAUAAAAUAUAUUAGGGUGAGGAAGAGGACGCAGUGGCCUUUCGGGUUUGUCAUUUACCCCCAGAUUUCAGGAAAAGCCAGAGGCUAUGGAGGCCUGCUGAUACAACUUCAGUUCUGUAGAUACAGCAUUUGUUUUCUAAAUCCUUCAACUAACAAUUCCCAUUGGCCCA